AUGGCCGGGUCCUCCUCCCUCCUCCGCGCGGCCGUCUUCGCCAUGGCGCUCCUACUGCUCCGCGCCUCCUCCGUCGACGCCUUCUUCGACCCGUUCAGCAUCUUCCGCGCGCGCACCGAGGGCGACAUCCUCGACCCUUUCGGCGUUGGCAGCACCGGCAACGGCGGCGCGGACGACGUGCCGGAGAAGCCGGGGGUGGCGCAGACCGAGGUGGAGGAGAAGGGCGCGGCGCGGCCCAACACGAUGGGCCUCACGCGCGUGCCCUACGCGGGCGUUCCCAGCAAGGCCUCCACGGAGACCACCGUCCUCCGCGUCAACACGCGCGACGACAAGGCCGACGGCGCCUGGACCAUCGUCAGCGACAACUCGGGCGUCUCGGCCAUGCACCUCGCCAUCAUGCGCCACGGCCGCGCCGUCAUGUUCGACACGGUCACCACGGGGCGGUCGCUCAUGCGCCUCAGGUUCGACAACUGCCGCGUCGACCCGAGGGCCAAGAAGCCCAAUACCACCGACUGCUGGGCGCACGCCGUCGAGUUCGACUACAACAACGGCGCCGUCCGCCCGCUCAAGAUCCUCACCGACACCUGGUGCUCCGCCGGGGGCUUCGACGCGGUAGGCAACCUCGUGCAGUCAGGUGGGUACUUCGAGGGCGACAAGGCCGUCAGGUACCUCUCGCCCUGCGACACCUGCGACUGGGUCGAGCACCCGAGGAGCUUCGCCGACGGCCGCUGGUACGCCACCCAGCAGGUGCUCCCGGACGGUAGGUUCGCCGUCUUCGGCGGCCGCCGGUCCUUCAGCUACGAGUUCGUGCCCAAGCCCGGGCUCUUCAACCACCAGUCCGUGCCGCUCCCGUUCCUCCGGGACACCACGGAUGACGUGGAGAACAACCUGUACCCGUUCGUCAACCUCCUCCCCGACGGCAGCAUCUUCAUCUUCGCCAACAACCGCGGCAUCAUCCUCGACCACAAGGCCGACCUCGUCAUCCGCGAGAUCCCGCAGCUCCCCGGAGGCGCGCGCAGCUACCCGGCCUCGGCUAUGUCCGCGCUCCUCCCGCUCGACCUCCGCGGCGGGAAGCUCCACGGCGGCGCCGACCCGGAGCCCGAGGUAAUCAUCUGCGGCGGCGCGCCCACUACGUCCUUCAAGGUCGGCGAGAACGGCGACAAGCUCAUGGUGGCACUCCGCGACUGCGCCCGCAUCAACCUGGCCAACCAGGACGCGCGGUGGGCGACGGAGGACAUGCCGGUAGCCCGUGUCAUGGGCGACAUGCUUAUCCUCCCCACCGGCGACCUGCUCCUUCUAAACGGCGCCAACAGGGGGUGCGCGGGGUGGGGCUUCGCCAAGUACCCGGUCCUCACGCCGCUGCUCUACUCGCCGGGGCAGCCGCUGGGGUCCCGGUUCCGGCCGCUGGCGGCGUCCACCAUCGCACGCCUCUACCACUCCACGGCCGCCUUGCUGCCCGACGCCACCGUGCUUGUGGCCGGCGGCAACACCAACGCCGGAUACAACUUCAGCGGCGUCGACUUCCCCACCGAGGUGCGCGUCGAGCGGUUUUCGCCGCCGUAUCUUGAGAGGCACGUCGCCACCAACCGGCCGCAGAUCGACAUGCGGUCGGUUCCCAAGGAUGGGAUGCGGUACGGGACCAGGUUCCCGUUCAGGUUCCGGACGCCGGUGGCGGCCGUGGUGGAGGCCGACGUGAUGGUCACCAUGUACGCGCCGCCCUUCACCACCCAUGGGUACUCCAUGAACCAGCGGCUGCUCAUCCUGGCCAUCACGUCCUUCGUCGCCGACGGGUGGAGCUACGGCGUCACCGUGGACGCGCCCGGGAAGCCGGAGCUGGCCCCGCCGGGGUACUACCUUGUGUUCGUGGUGGCCAAGGGCGUGCCCAGCGAGGCGGCAUGGGUGAAGAUCCAAUGA